UAAUAUCCUUUGUGGAUUCUGUUCUUCCUGCACAACAGCGUUGUGGGAGUUUGUUCAGCUCUGUCUUGUCUUGGCUUUCUCUCAAAACCGUCUCAAAAUCUACUUCUGUGCUAAGUCUGGAAUCUUUUCUGAAAUACAGGAUGUGUCGUGUGUGAGGUCAGAAAUUACAACAGAGAGAGAGAGAGAGAGAGAGAGAGAGAGAGACGGACUGCACUGCUAAAGCAACAAGAUUAAAAGGUCAGACACUAUCAGGUGUAAAGAUGGCCAGGGCACCAGUACUGCUCACUAACGUGGGAAGUGGCUACACCAUCCUCAGUGAAGUUACAGACCCGACUGCAGCGGGACAAAAUUCCACUCAGACAAACAGACCACUGCACAAGUUCCUGAAAGGAGAACCCAAAGCUCUGGGAACUGUCCAAAUAAUGAUUGGUUUUUUGAUGAUAUUGUUCGGUAUCGUGAUGGCGAUCUUCCCUCGGUCCCUCAGUGUUUACACUGGAGUUGUAUUCUGGGGCUCACUGUUUCACAUCACCACCGGCUCUCUUGCUGUUGCAGCGAGCAACAACCUAAACUCCUGUGUGGUGAACGCUACGCUGGUGCUGAAUAUUAUUAAUGCGAUAGCUACAGGAAUCGCCAUUGUUGUUUUUUCCUUUGAUUUCAUAUUCGUGAUUUACGUGUUCAAUGCCUGCUACUACGACAGCAGCGGUUAUCAUUGCAGUGGACAUGACACAGAGGGCUUUGUCCUUGGAAUUAACGGAGUUCUGCUGGUGUUCUCUCUGCUCCAGUUUUGCAUCUCUAUCUCAGUUUCAGCAUUCGUCUGCAAAGCCACCUGUACCCAUGAACCUACCCGAGGAUCAGGAUCUGCAGUGAACAGUUUGGAGUGUUGUAACUAUGGUAACCAUGUUGUGUACGUGGUUCAGAACCCUGAGACCUUUGCUCCUAGUGCUUCUGUGGUCAGUGCCUUCCCACCUCAUCACACUCAGCUGGGGGGUAAUACAAUGCAUGCCAUCGCCAUGGGCACUUUACCUGUGGAAAAUCCUCCAGUGUACAGCGAGAAAGAAGUCUAAAAAAAAAAAAAAGUUCAA